UGUACAGCUGCUACAUCACAACAUUUUAGAGGUUUUACUCAUAAUCCCACAAUGCACAGCGGAGUUUUACUCGUGGUAGAGAUUGCAAGAACAUGACUGAUAAAGUAGCAUGGAGAACUUCCCAUUGACUUUAUGCGGUCAAAAUGGGACUCAUCAAUCCACUCGAACGUUAGAUAGAAUACUUGAAGAAGCUAAGGUAACUGGACACCUAAAUCUUAGUGGAAAGAAUUUAAAAGAGUUUCCAAAAAUCCCUCUGAAGUAUGAUCUCUGCGACACAGUUUCGACAGAUUUAUCAAAAAACAAAUUCAGUGAACUUCCAACAGAAAUCUGUGAAUUUUUUCUUUUGGAGGCGUUGGAGUGUUACCAUAAUGUGAUUCGUUGCCUUCCAGACUCUGUAAUUACCUUACAGUCUCUAACUUACCUGAACCUUAGUCGUAACCAGCUGUACACCAUUCCAACAUCACUAUGUCAACUUCCUCUUCAAGUGCUUAUAAUCAGCAACAACAAACUGGUUUCUCUUCCAGAAGAAAUUGGCUGUAUGCAUCAACUUAUGGAACUGGAUGUUGCUUCCAACCAGAUCACCAUCCUGCCACCACAUAUUGGAGAUCUGAAGGCCCUCAAAUCACUUAAUUUACGGAGGAAUUUAUUAAUUGAGUUACCAUUAGAAGUCUGUGAGCUUCGUCUAGUCAAAUUAGAUAUUUCUGGCAACAGAAUUACUUUCUUGCCUACACUGCUUCGACAGAUGACUUCUCUGAAGCAACUGAUUGUAGAUAGAAAUCCUUUGACUUCACCACCAGCUGUUAUGUGCAUGCGAGGUCAAGCACACAUUUUUAAAUACCUUGAAAUGCAAGCCAUCAGAAACAGCAAAAAACAAGGUGUUCUUUUAGAGUUAGACUACCACCGAAGUUUUAGGAAAGCUGGUCUUUUAGCUGAGUUACGAAUCCAAAAUGGUAUUCUAGAUGACAGAAAAAAAAGACAUACUGUUGAUUCAGGUUAUAGUACUUCAGAUGGAGGAGAUUGUCGCUGGUCUCAAGACCUGCAUGAACUAAGUGGAGAGAUAGAAUCAUCUCGUAAAUUAGCUCUUCGUGCAGCAGAAAUAACCAAAGAACAGAGAAAGGAAAGACGUUGCCAUUUGGUGUCAUCAUUAGCAUCAGAGAAGAAUAACACAACACCCUCAAGCACUCAGAGUGUGACAUCUGAGUUACAUCAUAGUGUUACAGUUCAAGAGGAUCAAGGAACAAAACUGACUAAUGGUCAUUCUAUUGACUACAAUGUAGUAAAGUCUGAAGAUACUGAAAUUGUGAAGAAACAAGUGGGUGUUUUAAACCAAGCACAAAAAUCAAACUACUCUGAUACUCCUGACUUCAUUUGUACAGACUCUAAUAGUCAUAAGUCUAAAGCCAGUGUAAGCACAACGAGGACUUAUCCGUAUCUACAGACCUACAAAGAGUACAAGGAAAAACUAAGGUUGCAGAGAAAUCAGAAUACAUACAGUAUUUACAGAAGCCCUUUUGUGAACAAGACUUUUGAUGCAACUGAUCGUGAUCAGUCAUCUGGACCAAUAAAUGCACCAAUUUCAUCCAGUAUGUCAUAUCAAAAACCAGAAGAAGUAUCUACAGCAUCAAACAGCGUCAUACAUGAAGUUGGUAAUGGUGCUGACUUGAAACAAGUUUUUCUAAAAGUUCCUCAAAAAGUAAACUUACCUGUACAAGCAAACUGUGUAGAUUUUGAACAACAUUUAGAAAAUAUUCCUGUUAAACUGGAGACAUGUUUACAAAAUAGUUGUGUUAAAUUGGAAAAUAACAUUGAGAAAAAAAUCAAGGAAGUGGAAAAGAAAUUACAAACAAGUUCUUCUGUCAUACUGGAAAAUAACAUUGAGAAAAAAAUCAAGGAAGUGGAAAAAAAUUUACAAACAAGUUCUUCUGUCAUAUUGGAAAAUAACAUUGAGAAAAAAAUCAAGGAAGUGGAAAAAAAUUUACAAACAAGUUCUUCUGUCAUAUUGGAAAAUAACAUUGAGAAAAAAAUCAAGGAAGUGGAAAAAAAAUUUACAAACAAGUUCUUCUGUCAUAUUGGAAAAUAACAUUGAGAAAAAAAU